AGAGAGAGAGAGAGAGAGAGAGAGAGAGAGAGAGAGAGAGAGAGAGAGAGAGAGAGAGAGAGAGAGAGAGAGAGAGAGAAAGGUAGUGAAUAGUUGUUCAGUUGAUAGGAAGAGGACGUUUAGACCGAGAUGGCGAAGUUGAGAGUGGGAUCGGAAGCGAGCGGAGGAGGAGGGAAUGUAGGAGGAGGAGGGAAUGUAGGAGGAGGAGGGAAUGGAGGAGGUGCGAUGCAUCUUAAACGGAAGCAGCAGGAGCGGCGCGGGUUGUCUCUUUCGGUGAUCGCCGCGUUGAUUGUGCUCUCUUUGCAGCUUGGCUAUGGCGGACAAACGGUGACAGCCAGCUCGCGUCGGCAUAAUCGAGACCGCCGCUAUUUGGCAGCGGGGGGAGCUUUGACCGCCGAGCAACGAUUGGAGAAGGCAUUGAACGAGUCCUUAGAGCGCGCCGUAGUUCUGCAGCUGACAGAGGAUGUGGUGCUGACUAAAGCGCUGACGCAAUUCUGGGGCCGCAUUCACAUCAAGGGCGCGUGCGCCGGGCGGAGGUGCGCGAUCGACGGCGCGCGCAAGUUCCCCAUCUUCGACAGCUUGCGCGUUGCUCCCGACUGUCACCUCACCUUGGAGAACGUCGUCGUGCAGAAUGCGAAGGGCGGCGCAGUCCGGGGGAAGUGCGACGUCAGGGCCAUCAAGACCCAUUUUCUUAAUAACGAUGGGGGCGCGAUCGGGAUCCAUCUCGGCCUCGCUCGGUGGGAUGUUGAGGGGUGUUUGUUCGAGGGCAAUUUCGCCUCCCACGGGGCGGCCAUCUACAGCUCGUCCAGCGGCGGCGGCAAAGUCGUUGACACCGUCUUUCGCAAGAACCGCGCCACUCAUGCAAACGGCGGCGCGGUGUACAUCGACGACCGCGGGUAUGAGACCCGACACUUCAGGGUCUUCGAUCGCGUGACCUUCGACUCAAAUACCGCCAAGGAGUCGGGCGGGGCGGUCUUCAUGACGGCUUUCAACUUCGACACGAGGACCAUCUUCUUCCUUGCUACCACUUUCAAGGGCAAUUCUGCAACUACGGGUUAUGGGGGCGCGGUGGCGUUCGAAAGCCUCGUGUAUGCUAGGUUCUGCAAAGGGAGCACCAUCGCGGGUGGAGGCAACAAGGCCGGCGCAGGCAAGGGAAACGAUCUCGCCCUUCUCAAAUCGCAAUACUACCCCUCACAUACCGUCGAGUUUUGCCCGAAUAUCCCGUCGGGACUCUCUCUCUACGUCACUCCCGAUCCCAACGUAAAUGUCACCGUCAAAGCCCAUUGCAAUGGCUGCACCCCUCCGUCCUCCUAAAUCGUCUCCUUCUUCGUUGUUGUCUUGUUACCUUUAUUCUAUUGAUUCAUCAAUUUAUUUAUUUUUUUUCGUCCUUUUUUUUUUUUUUAAUUUUGUCAAAAGCUAUGUUCUUCUCUCAAUUUCAGCUCACACUACCUACCUACCUACCACUACUCCUAAUUAAUUGUAGGCAUACGGGGAACCCCGUUGCCAGCCAGAACCGUGUUCACGAGAGAACAUUAUUCUGCUCUCCUUAUUUAUUCAAAACCUUAUGUUAUAUUAUAUAUAUAUUAUAUAUUCGCAAUAAUAAAUUCCUCCCUCUUCA